AAACCCCAGCCAACACAAUCACUACCCGCCGCGGGUGCACUUUUCCUUGAACGGACGACUGCGAGUAAAACAAAAGAGCACUCGUUCUAGACUUACCUUAUCUGCUAAAUUCGGAGAAUCAAAUACGGCACUGCCGUGGGGUCUACUCUUUCCGUCCUUAAUUAUACCUUUCUUCGGAUUUGGUCUCUUCCUGUUCCUGAUUAUAAAAGCCCUCGUAAACGAAACUACGGCAUAACUGCUCGCAUGAACAAGAACAAUCCUUGUUACUUGUCCUUCUUCUUCUUCUGCUUCUUAUUCUCAGCAUGUGUAAAGUGUUGGAAGAGAGAUCCCAUUUUACCUGAUUACUGCUUCGUACAUGAUCACGAUGGCCCUUGAACAGAAGGAAACAAUGCAAAAGUACUCUGAGGCAUACAUGAGAUGCCUCAAGAGCAAGGUAUUCCAUCAGAAUCUGCAAUAUAGCAGGAAUUCUGUGGGAAAUUUCCCUGAUUCUAAAGAUGAAGUUAGUAGCUACUCAGGAGGUCGUUUGGUGGAACCUGACAACUCAUUCAGCAGCCCCUCGUUUGUGCCUCCAAAUGAAGGUUAUUAUAGACCAAUGCACCAACAAGAUUUUUAUGUUUGGUCUGCUUUUCAUCCCAACAUUCAAAAAGCAGAGCAGAACCAGUUUCAUGCACUUGAAAGCUGUUUUUAUCCCAUGAAGUAUGAGCACAAUUUUCCUAUGGAUGAUGGAUUUGGAUCUGUGCCCUUCAGGAUGUCAUCACAAAGUUACCAACCGGAUUUUCAAUUUCAAGAGUUCCAAUAUUUUGUGGUAAUUGACUUUGAGGCAACCUGCGACAAGGAGAAGAAGCCUCACCCUCAAGAGAUUAUUGAGUUUCCAUCUGUAUUAGUAAACAGUAUGACUGGCCAAGUGGAAGAUUGUUUUCAAAUUUAUGUGCGGCCCACAUACAAUCAACUUCUAAGUGAUUUCUGCAGGGAGCUUACUGGCAUCCAGCAAACCCAGGUGGACAAAGGUGUUCUUCUUAGUGAAGCUUUACUUAUGCAUGAUAAGUGGCUUGAAGAGAAAGGGAUUAAAAAUACCAAAUUUGCCGUGGUGACAUGGUCAAAUUGGGAUUGUCGGGUAAUGUUGGAAUCUGAGUGUCGACUUAAGAGGAUCCAUAAGCCACCAUAUUUUAACAGAUGGAUCAACCUCAAGGUCCCAUUUCAAGAGGUAUUUGGAGUCAAAUGCAACCUAAAAGCAGCAGUCCAGCUGGCUGGCCUAGUGUGGGAAGGCCGUGCUCAUUGUGGCCUAGAUGAUGCUAAAAACACUGCGCAUCUGCUCACCCGUCUAAUGCACUGUGGAUUUAGGUUUACAAUAACCGACUCACUGACCUGUCAGUCUGCGAAUUGCUCCUUGGCAAUGCAGCAGGUCCCGGAUCGUCGAUCUGGCUUUUCCCAGCAAUCGUCUGGGGUUAAGCAACCGACACUGCCUUUAAUCCAGUUCCACCCAAUCCAGGUUGAUCCCAGUAAAGGGCAAGGCAUGUUGUGCUAUUGUGGGGUGAAAAGUAGCAAACAAAUGCUUUGGAAACCAGGACCAAAGCCUGGGAGCUGCUUCUUUGGGUGCGGUAAUUGGACUGCCACUAGAGGGGCCCAAUGUUCUUAUUUCGUAUGGGCUACUGCCUGACUCAGAAGGCAAAAGGUUGCUGCACAAAAAGAAACAGAAAGAAAAUAAUAAACUAGAAAGGAGAGGAAGGUAGAGAUAGUCUCCUGUAGAAAGCUAAUUAGGCUCGACUGCUUCAAGAGGUAGCUGCUUCUUUCAGUACAUAUUACAAGCCUUCAAAGGUGUCUCUGCUCAGUGCUUCUUAAGAAGUCUGGUAUGAAAGACAGCUCUAACUUGUAAAGUUGACUUAAAAAGAAGUGGGGAGUAAUCGCCUAGAAAUGUGCUUGUAGGAGAAUGAGAAUGUUUUAACCAUGCUGGGACAUGGGGUUAGAUUUAUCUAAAAUAAUGAGAUAAUUACCACUUGAUUUAUGUUUUUGAAUGGGAAUAACCAGUUGCUUAUUGUGUUCUCCUUUUCUUGCUCAGUUUUUGAGUCUGUGUUGCAAUUCCAA